UUCGGGGAAAGAGGAUGUCAAGUCAACAGACUCGGAAUGGGAAUGCGAAUCUUGAAAACAUCCGCUACUCACUGUAUUUAAACAUGGCGGUGGUAGAGGAGGAGCAGAAUUUCUUCGACCGGUUGGAAUAUGUAUUUCCAAUAAUUAAGGGAAAGAUUCAAGAGGAGUGCACGGAGGAGGAAUUUGCAAAUUUAGUCGAGGUUCUGCAGUUCCUCAAGACGACGCAGUAUAUAAUAGAGAUCGUGAUUCAUAACAUAGAACAAUACAUCCGUUGUCACGUGGCACCGUCGUUCUGGGAGAAGUUCGAGUACACGGAGGAUGGCCAGCGGGGCUUUGAAUUGUUCAAGUCCGCCGUUGACGGUCUGUACGCCAGUCUCACGGAGUUUCUGCCGAUUCUAAAGAAGCUGGAGUACUUAAGACAGAACAGAAGCGAGACGUCUCAGCCGAGCGCCGAGGACGACAUAGAUGUAGAGACGCGAUUCAAGCUCAUCGUGAGAGCGACAUUACUGAGCCAACUACCUCUGUGCCAUGAAUGUAUCAUAGAACACUUUUAUAAAAUCGCGUUCAACGUAUUCUGCAAUUCGGAUAACACGUCGCAGGCAGACGUAUCGAUCAGCGAGAUCCAGUGUACAGGAUGUGGUCAGGAAAUGGAGAACUGCCGCUGCCAGAUGAUAGUUUACAUGUUUCACGAGACGAACAGAAAAUUAAUCGAGCUGGAGCUGUUGGAAAGGCUUGUGGGAAACGUGCUCACAUCGCUAAUCCACAUUCGUAUCGAGAAUCAUGUAAUUCAAACGUGCGAUAAAACGUUCGACGUCUCGCAAUUGAUCUCGUUAGAAAAUUGGCUCGAGACUGUCGUCAUGAAUUGGCUGAUAAGAGUUUAUUCCGGCGGUUUCUCGAAAACGGUGGCACUUAGCGACGACGUUCGCAACGCCAUAAACAAGUUCAAGCAGAAAUUGUCUCACUUCCUGUACGAAACGUACACUAACAUAAGAAUCGAUCAUCUCUUUAAUAUAAUAAUAGAAUAUCCCGAGUCGCAGCCCGCGGUGGAUGAUCUCCGAGUCUGUUUAGAAAGGACCGAUAAACGAAACGUUCUGGUUAAAAAUCUGCAGGAGGCGAUUAAAACGAGGCUCCUGCACGCCGGUGUGAAUACCCCGGAUAUAGUAACCGCUUAUAUCGCCGCGAUCAAAGCGCUCAAGCACCUCGACCCAACCGGGGUUCUUCUAGAAGCCGUAACGGAGCCUAUCAAGUGCUACUUGAGGAGUAGAGAGGACACCGUACGUUCCGUCGUUAAUAGCCUGCUUGAUGAUUCAUCCAGCGAGUUAGCCGAUGAAUUGGAGAAAGGCGAGUGUCUGCAGCUGGACGACGGCUCGGCGGACGAUGAUACUGAAGAUUGGGAGAAAUGGAUGCCGGAUCCGGUCGAUGCUGAUCCCGCUAAAUCGACACAGCGCAAAGUGUCCGACAUCAUCUCCACGCUGGUGAACGUUUACGGCAGCCAAGACUUAUUCGUCAACGAGUAUCGCACAUUGCUGGCGGACAGACUGCUCUCGCAAUUCAAUUAUCAUACCGCACGCGAGUUACGUCAUUUGGAGUUGUUGAAGAGACGAUUCGGGGAGAACCAAUUGCAUUACUGCGAAGUUAUGCUGAAGGAUGUUUACGAUUCGAAGAGGAUAGAUGGUAACAUUCACUCCGAUACCAGUUACAACUUGCAGAGGGAACUCUUCCCCACCUCCGCGCUCAUUUUAUCGGCGCAAUUCUGGCCGCCGUUCAAGGAAGACUGGAAAUUGAAACUGCCGAGCAUCGUGCAGAAUCAAUUGAACAAAUACGUCAAGGCGUUCGAGGCGUUGAAGGGAAACAGAACGCUCUGUUGGAAGCCUCACUUGGGAAACGUGAGCCUGGAAAUCGAAUUGAAGGACAGAAAGCUCGAUAUAAACGUCACGCCGGUGCACGCGACCAUUAUUUUGCACUUCCAGGAUAAAAAUGAGUGGACUUUGCAAGAUCUGGCGGAGGUGAUGCACGCACCGGCGACCGUUCUGCGACGCAAGAUGGCAUUCUGGGUGUCGCAAGGCCUGCUGAAGGAGACUUCCACCGACGUGUUUGUUCUGCAGGAGGAGAGUAUAUCUAAGAACCGUUUGUCGGCGGACAUUGUGGAGGAGGAGGAGGCUGAGAGCGCAAUGGCCUCGGCGAGCGAUCAGAGGGAGGAGGAGCUGCAGGUGUUCUGGUCGUACAUCGUCGGGAUGUUGACGAAUCUGGACUCACUGCCGAUAGAGAGGAUUCAUCAGAUGUUGAAAAUGUUCGCGUCGCAAGGACCGGGCGCCGUGGAGUGCGGUUUACCGGAACUGAGGCAGUUUCUGGAUAGAAAAGUCAGGGAACAUCAACUGUUGCUCUCCGGUAGUUUCUAUCGAUUACCGAAGUCGUAAAGGAAUAAAGAGAUUCUCCAUGUUACUUGUAACUGAUUGUAACAGUAAGAAAAUUAUUUAUGAUAUUAUAUUAAAUGAUAUUUUUUGUACAUAGGAUAUAUCGCUUUCAACAGAGAAAUAAAGCUAAUGUAAAUAUUCUGCGUGAAAUGUCCAUUUACUUUUUGAUAGCUUAUUAAAAUAUGCAUAUAUACAUCGAUAAAACGGAAACUUGUACUUAUCAUUUCGAGUGUCAAGGAAGUGUCGAGUAUUGAAAAAAUAUUUUUAUUACCGUUCAUCAUAGUAUUUAUACAUGUUUGUAUAAACUAUUUUAUUUGCACUUUUCAUUGUAAAUUGUAAAUUUUCUUCCAUAAGUAGCGUACAGUAUACUAUGAUUCGUAAUCAGAUCUUUCCGAGAUUUCAGAAAACAGAAUUGCUUUUCAUUGUCACUUACACAUUAAUAUUGCCACAUAUCCUGCACAUAUAUCAACAUUAAAAUAAAAUAUGAAACUAAAAAAUUAUCAUAUACAAUAAAUUUCGGCAAAAAAACUAUAUAACUAUAUAGAAUAAUAAAUGUAAAUUCGCAUGCCGUAAGAUCUAACAAGAUUGCUUGCACAUAUAUAAUUUCUUAUGUAACUUAUCUGUAUACAUUUAUAAAUACGAUAACAGGGUGUAAAUAAAUCACGCCGGCGUUUACUUCUGCGAUGAUGAUAAUAAUAAUAAUAAUAAUAAUAAUAAUAAUCUCAAAGAAUUAAGAAAUAAUGAAAAAAAGAUCGGACGUUUAUGUAAUCGAUAACCGCAACGCUGCGAUAACGUUAUACGAACUGUAUAAACUAUCAUAUUCUUUCUGAAACAACGCAAAUAUUAAAAUUGAUUCUCUUUGCAAAAUUAUAACAAGAGUCAAUCAACAUAUUCGCCGGUUGGAAAACGCAGAAGUAAAAUUACAGCGGUACUUAUUCACACCGUCCGGAUAUUCAACUGAGUGUCAGUGCAUAUGUAUAAUACAUUAUGUGUAUACAUGUGUAAUAAUUUACGUUCUCACGCGCGUUAUAUGUAUUAGACAGCAUAUACAUAAAGAGUAUACAUAUCUGUUCUGUGUAUAAUCACGCUCGCGAAUGCGCGUAAUAUAAUUCGUAAAUUGUAAGAUCGCACUUAAUGGAGGACAAUGAUAUCCAAAAUAUUUCAUAAAAUCAAUUAUUUACGUACAAUAAUAAAAUAUAUAUAUAUAUAUAUAUAUAUAUAUGUAUAUAUACAUAUAUAUAUCGGAUAUAUUUGUUAUUUUUUUCUUUACGUUGAGAACUUAAGUAGAUUUCAGAUCACUCUUAAAUGUGUGCGUGUAUACUUUUUUUUUUCCAACGCUUAUAUAUACACGAAGGACCGAGCUAUCGGCUGCUACUACAUCUAGGAGGGACUCCUCGGACAAAAAGUUCAAAAAUAUCUGUCGAAAGAACGAGUAUAACAUUUGACACAUAACUGACUAUACAGAAGUUAUAUAACGCGUGCAACUUGAUAUUCGUUUCUUAAUUGUUACAUGUACAAUAUGGCAGACCUAAAAAGUGGUGCAACUCUCUAAUAUAAUGAUAAAGUCGAUAUUAAGUAAGUCACUCUCUCACGCAAACACUCUUUGCAUGUAUGUAGACAGAGAU